AUGGGUAUCGUUACCACGGCCUCCUCCGCCGCAGUAGAUGGCGACUCGGAAUCAGCCACUCUGUUAAUACCCAAAACAUCCUCUACCAAUCCCCAAAAUAUCCCCAAAGACAAUUUCAACAUGGCCUACAUAAUCUACUUCACAUUGGGGGCAGGCUACCUUCUCCCCUGGAACGCAUUCAUCACAGUCGUUGAUUACUUCAGCUACCUAUACCCUGAUGUCUCUGUUGACCGUGUAUUCGCUAUAGUGUAUAUGCUGAUAGGGCUUACGAGCUUGCUUUUCAUAGUGGCAUUUGCUCACAAAUCGAAUUCAUUUGUGAGAAUUAAUCUGGGAAUGGUGCUAUUUGUGAUCGCGCUCUUGACGGUGCCUUUGAUGGAUGUUUGGUACAUAAAGGGAAGAGUUGGAGUGUAUGUUGGAUACUAUGUGACGGUGGCAGCAGUGGGGCUGUGUGGGGUUGCUGAUGGAUUGGUGCAAGGAGGUGUCGUUGGGAAUGCUGGGGAGUUGCCUGAGAGGUACAUGCAGGCUGUGGUAGCUGGCACUGCUGCUUCUGGCGUCCUUGUGUCAGUUUUACGAGUUCUAACAAAAGCUAUAUAUCCUCAAGAUGCUCAUGGACUGAGACAAAGUGCCAAUCUUUAUUUUAUUGUCAGCAUUGUGGUGAUGUUAUUAAACAUUAUUUUCUACAAUGUGGCACAUAGACUUCCUGUAAUCAAGUACUAUAAUGAUCUGAAAACUCAGGCUGUAAACGAGGAGAACGAGGAGAAAGGUGACUUAACUGGAAAGCUAUGGAGAUCAACCUUAUGGGACGUCGUUGGAACAAUAAAAUGGUAUGGGUGCGGAAUCCUGAUUAUCUAUGUUGUGACAUUGAGUAUUUUUCCUGGAUCUGUUACAGAGGAUGUGAGCUCUGAGAUUCUCAAGGAUUGGUACCCGAUCAUUUUGGUCGCGGGCUAUAAUGUCUUUGAUCUGAUUGGUAAGUCUUUGACUCCAUUAUAUCUCAUAGAGAAUGCGAAAGUCGCAAUAGGUGCCUCCUUUGCAAGGUUGUUAUUUCUUCCGCUGUUCUACGGCUGCUUACAUGGGCCUGAAAUUUUCAGAACAGAAAUUCCGGUUACGGUAUUGACCUGUCUUCUGGGACUAACAAAUGGUUACUUUACCUGUGUGUUAAUGAUUUUGACUCCGAAAACUGUCCAGUUGCAACAUGCAGAGACUGCAGGGAUUGUGCUUGUUUUGUAUUUAGUGGUUGGUCUGGCAAUUGGUUCUGUUUUGUCUUGGUUUUGGGUCAUAUAA